UCCCAAGUGUCCAUGACUCUGAGUGGAAGUCCCAAUUACUCCAUAACAAAAAUUUCCCUAAGCUAGGCGCUUUGUUGCUAAACCCUACCAGUCUGCUGUAUUUCCCUAUUGGGGGCUCUGCUCCAGGACCCCCACCUGAUUGCCAUGGACUUGCUCUCCAGGUGGCAUUUGUUGCAACCAAUUUUCUUCAUUAUUUUGUGUAUCAACAAAAUAUGGAAUCCUACGAGCCCCCUGCCAAGAGGAUCCUUCACAGCGGCUAUUUCAACCCCACACUGAGGCAAUGGCAGACAUCCAACACAGAGAUCCAUCCUUGGAACCUGAUGUAUCCUAUCUUCGUUGUAGAUGAUCCUGAAGCAGAGCAACCAGUGGCAAGUCUUCCUGGAGUUUCUCGUUAUGGAGUCAACAAACUUGUAGCUGCAGUGAAGCCUCUUGUCGAGCUUGGCUUGUCAUCAGUACUGCUAUUUGGUGUUCCAUCGAAUAUGCCAAAGGAUGAGCGUGGCAGCAGUGCGGACUCUCCUGAUACGCCAGUCAUUUUGGCUGUCAAGCUUUUGAGGGAAAACUUCCCAGACUUGCUGGUUGCAUGCGAUGUGUGUUUGUGUGCUUACACUAGUCAUGGUCAUUGCGGCAUCUUAAAGGCAGAUGGAAGCAUUGACAACACACCUAGCAUCAAGCGCUUGGCUGAGCAGGCAACUGCAUAUGCAAAAGCAGGUGCACAAAUCAUUGCCCCAUCGGACAUGAUGGAUGGUCGUGUUGGAGCAAUCAAGUCAUCCUUGAAAGAAGCAGGCCUGGCCAGCAAAGUGUCAGUCUUGUCAUAUGCUGUCAAGUUUGCAUCUUCCUUCUAUGGGCCAUUUAGGGAUGCUGCCAAGUCUGCUCCUGCCUCUGGAGACCGGAAAUGCUAUCAGCUGCCUCCUGGUUCUUCUGGGCUGGCACUAAGAGCUGCCGAACGAGAUGUAGAAGAAGGUGCUGAUAUGCUGAUGGUCAAACCAGGCAUAUCAUACCUGGACAUCGUACGCCAGACAAAAGACCGCUACCCACAGUACCCUCUCUUUAUAUACCAGGUGUCCGGAGAGUAUGCAAUGCUGUACCAUGGGGCUCAAGCAGGUGCCUUUAAUCUUCGUGUUACCCUAAUGGAGGUGCUCACUAGCAUGCGGCGUGCAGGAUCUGAUGUGAUCAUUUCAUACUUCACACCAAAGGUGCUGGAAUGGCUCAAGAAAGAGAAAAACAAAUCAUAAAAUAAUUUCUCCUGAUUUUGUUGUACUUUGUCCCAGACUUGUAAGUGGUCGUAGGCACACCAAAAAUCUGAAUUCCAUUUACAUGACAGAUGAUGAUAUUUUAUUUUCAUAAUUGCUCUUUUGAAAAGUUUCAUUAUAUCCAUUAUGUCGUCUCUUCUGUCAGAUUCAGAUGGAUGAAGUAUAAGACUUGUUACACAGUUUAGAAGAGACUGCCAAUGAGAAGUAAACAGAUCAUCCAUUCAUAAACUGUAGUUCCUGUUAGAGGCUUUGGUGUCAGGUAGAUUGUUUGGGAAAUUGCACGCAAGCAGAUGCACUAAAAACAUUAUCAUAAGGUGUGAUUUCAUUAUCAUAAGGUGUGAUUAUAUUAAAGUGAAGAAAUGAUCAUUGUCAGGACUUCCAUGAAAGGCAUUUUUGAUCAUUUAAAGAUUGUUUGUAUUUUGUUGAGCACUGAGCAUAACUUCAUAGCAUUUAUUUAUAUAUUAUAUUGGAUUCUGUGAUAGGGUUGAUUUUGGAAAUGUAUUAAUGGUCUAAGAAUUAGGGAUUUAACUUUGAAAUUACUACUUAAAGAGACAUGGAGGAGUACUAUAGCUAUUUGUACUUAAACCUCUGGCCAGAUUUUUGUAGCAUUUUGUAUUAUUUUU